AGACACAACGAAACAAAAACAGCACCAAAACUCAGAGCUUCUUCUUCCUCCUCCUCCUUCGCCUACCUUUUUCCCUUCUCUCUUAAUUUCAAAGUUCCAACCAAACCCAAGCUUUCUCAGUUCCCGACCACCUUUUUGUUUUUAUUUUUCCUUCUGUGUUCGGUUUAUUUCGGUUUAUCACUUUCGGAGCUUUUGGGUCUCCAACAAUGGCGGAUUUGGCGAAACUUCUCACAAUGCUCUGUUUCUUCUCACUCUCCGUCUCCGUUUCCGCCCUCAACAUCGGUGUUCAGCUCACAGAUCCCUCUGUUUCUCUGGAAAAAGAAUGCAGUCGAAAAUGUGAAUCGGAGUUUUGCUCAGUGCCGCCAUUGCUGAGGUAUGGGAAGUACUGUGGACUUCUAUACAGUGGAUGUCCGGGAGAGAAACCGUGUGAUGGUCUUGAUGCUUGUUGCAUGAAGCACGAUGCUUGUGUCCAAUCCAAAAACAAUGAUUAUCUGAGCCAAGAAUGCAGCGAGAAGUUCAUAAACUGCAUGAAGGGUUUCAGAGAUAAGAAGCAGCCUACGUUCAAAGGCAACGAAUGCGAUGCCGAUGAGGUUAUCGACGUCAUCUCCGUCGUCAUGGAGGCCGCUCUUCUCGCCGGCAGAUUCCUCCGCAAACCCUAAUUCAUAUAUAUAUAUAUAUAUAUUGCUAAGCUGUUGAAUUCGUAAUUCCUUUCUCCUUUUCCUUUUUUUUUUGUUCCUUGUUUUGGGAAAUAAUUUGGUUUGUUCGUUUUCAUUUCUGAAAUCUGAAAUUAUUUGGCGAAUGCGAAGUUGUACUGAACCCACUUAUUACUCAUUACAAAUGUUGAAUUCGGGAUAUUUA